CAGAUUCGGUCAUUGUCGGUAAGCCUCACAUGACAUUGUAGAGGUGGUGUCGGUCGUCCGAGGUAUCCAUUUGAAGCGCCCACCAGAGCCUCAUCACCACCACUACCCCCUUCCUCUCUCUCGCUUAUCGCUUUCAUAUUCAUGUUGUGUUCUUGAAAUUUCACCCUCACCCUCCUCUCUCUCGCUCUCUCUCUUGAAAUUUCGCUUGGAGGGUUGAUGGAUAUGAAGCGGAUCAGGCGCACUCAACACUCUCCGACGAUUCCGCCGGAUAUGGAGAACGACGGCGGCGUUUAUCGUGCCGCCGCGGAAAGGAAGCACAGAGGCCAAAUGUUUCGGCUUGCGAUGGCCCUUGUUGUUUUUUUGGUGUUUCUGCUCCUCAUGGUGGCCAUCUCCGGAUUUCACCGGAAUCUAUCAUUCAACCAGCUUCGGCAAUUUACUGAAAGGGGGCAUUUUGAGAUAAAUGCAGGUGUACGAAAGGAAUUCCUUGAAUCUUCAAAAUUCCCAAAGGCCAAGGAGGAUAAAUUUCUUGGUGGUCUGCUGGCAUCAGGAUUCGACGAACAAUCCUGUCUAAGCCGAUACCAGUUCGCAUCAUAUAGCAAACCAUCACCCCAUUCACCAUCUGAUUAUCUCUUGCAAAGGUUAAGGAAGUAUGAACAGCUCCACCAAAAAUGUGGCCCAAACACUGUUCUCUACAAUAGAACUAUAUACCAGCUGACAAGAGGUAGCAGCUCUGUGACAACUGAAUGCAGAUAUGUUGUGUGGAUAUCCUAUAGUGGAUUAGGAAACAGAAUGCUGACUCUUACUUCAGCAUUUCUUUAUGCUCUUCUUACAAACAGGGUCUUGCUGGUGGACCGAGGAGCGGACAUGACCGACCUGUUCUGCGAGCCAUUCCCUGGUACCUCAUGGCUUCUCCCUCUCGAUUUCCCUCUCAGCCAAUUCAAAAGCUUUAACAUCAAUUCACCAGAGAGUUAUGGAAACAUGCUGAAGAAUAAGGUUAUCAGUAACACUGCAGCAGCUGGUGCUUCACUGCCUUCUUUCAUAUAUCUUCAUCUAGGACAUGAUUAUAGGGAGCAUGACAAGCUCUUCUUCUGCGAAGACGACCAAGAUCUCCUUCGAACAAUCCCAUGGCUGGUGCUGAGAUCAGACAACUACUUUGUUCCUUCUUUAUUUCUUAUCCCAACCUAUCAAGAAGAACUGCAUCAACUCUUCCCCAAGAAAGACACAGUCUUUCACCAUCUUGGCCGUUAUUUAUUCCACCCAACAAACUCAGUUUGGGGUUUGGUUACCAGAUACUACCAAUCUUAUCUUGCCAAGGCCGACGAAAGGGUGGGAGUCCAAAUAAGGGUCUUUGAGACUGAAUCUGGGCCUUUCCAGCAUGUCCUAGACCAGGUCCUUGGAUGCACUCAGAAACAGAAGAUUUUGCCUGAAGUAAGUCAGGAACAAACCAUUAUAGCCGCUCCUCUCAAAAAAUCGAAAGCUGUUCUACUGACUUCUCUUAGCUCAGGCUACUUGGAGAUCUUACGAAAUAUGUUCUGGGUAUAUCCAGCUACAAGUGGAGAGAUAAUUAGUUUCCACCAGCCAAGCCAUGAAGAACACCAGCAAACUGAGAAGCAAAUGCACAAUAUGAAGGCAUUCGCUGAGAUGUACCUCCUCAGCCUAACAGAUGUGCUGGUGACAAGCGCAUGGUCUACGUUUGGAUAUGUGGCUCAAGGCCUCGGGGGAUUAAAGCCAUGGAUUCUCGUCAAGCCUGAGAACAGGACGACCCCAGAUCCUCCUUGCAUAUUAGCACUGUCGAUGGAGCCUUGUUUUCAUGCACCACCAUUCUAUGACUGCAAGGCGAAGCAAGGGGUUGACACAGGGGAAUUGGUUCCUCACGUGAGACAUUGUGAGGAUAUGAGCUGGGGGCUUAAGCUUGUAGACAGAGAUGAGUGGUAAGUGAAGUGAGUUAGGAUUCGUUUGGGACGGCUUUUUUGCUGCUUCUUAAAGUAGUUUUUUAGUAGAAAAAUUUUAAAUUUUGUAUUAAAAAGUUGUUUUAAGAAGCAAUAAAAAAGCUGUCCCAAACGAAACGAAGCCUUAGAUGACGUUAUUUCAUAGUUUUAAUCGUGUACUAGUAGAAAGAUGUGUACCUUAUUUCCACCCUGUAGUUUUGGAUGAAUCACACAAUGCUUUAGGAAGAGAUGUGUGAUAUGUUUUUGUAGGAUUCCACUAGAAGAUUUGAUAAUUCUACUUGAACGUCUAGAUGGAGUAUUCCAGUCUUCGAGUCUUGAUGUUAAAUGUUUGUCCAUUUCAAAUGAGAAUUCUAGCUGAGAGAUUGCAAUGAAUGGUUCGUCAGAGCACUUGCAUACUA